CAAAUAACAAAUUAAUAAUUUGAUCCACAAAUUCAGCAAAUCAUUUUUAUUUACAAAUUAUGAUAGAAAAUCCAUAUUUAAGUGUUGAACAGUUGAAAUAUGAUAAGUGUGUUUCUAAUUGUUUAGUAUCAUGGAAAGUAACAUAGAGAUUUUAUUGAUGAUAUUGGUGUUUGUAGUGAAUACAGAUUACACUUUUUCAGCCAAAUGUUAUGAAUGUGGAUUGUGCCCAUUUCCAUUCAAUCGUUCUUCUCCUGAAGUUAGCAUCAGAGAUCACUGUAAAUGGUGUGUGUCACUUUCAAUUGGCAGUCCACAUUUAACAUCUAAAGGAUGUGCAGAUCGGUGUGAAUCAAUAGAAUUUUUAAAGAAAUUUGUUAAUUAUAAUUAUACUUGUUGUAAUAGGAGCUAUUGUAAUGUCAGUUCAAAAACCUGCACAACUAAUAAAAUAUUGUUUUUACUUCUACUGAUAAUUUAUUUUUAUUUUAACGCUGAGAAAUAAAAAUACAGUUGAUAAUAUA